ACAACUGCAAAACAGUUCUAUCGUUCUACCAGUUUACCGUUUCAAGAUAGCUAGUUCCUCAUUACUGAUAAAUAUUCAUGAUCUCUCACCCAACCACAUGCCAGUCUCUGAUGUAUAAUUGCAAUCUCUCCAAUUCACCACCAGAGGUCACCCUCAUCACACUCUUCAAUAGGAAUAUAGAGGACUCAUAUUUGGACUUGUUUGUCUUCAGCAAUUUCAUGGAUUGGAUACUUAAGUCAUCCUAUUGGUCUCUACUGGCAUUUGAUUCAGUCAUGGCGGCACAUUCACAAACUACUACUGUUGUGACAACCCAGCUUGUCUCCUCUGGUACCUGGACCACCGGCAUCUGUGACUGCUGUUCUGAUAUGGGCACUUGUUGUUGUGCCCUUUGGUGUUUCCCCUGUAUGCAGUGCCAGACUGUGUCUCAGUUUGGCUGGUGUUUCUGCAUGCCGUUGCUGGACUGCUGCAUGGUGGUAUCUUGCUGUCUCCGCCAGAAGAUGAGAGAGCAAUAUAACAUUCAUGGUUCCUGCUGCGACGAUUUUUGCACUCUCUGCUUCUGUUAUCCAUGUGCCUGGUGUCAGAUGUCUCGUGAAAUUAAGAUGCGUGCUCGUUCUGGCACUGUGGUUACCCAGCAAAUCACACAUAGUUAGAGAUCUGUUUUGCUGUGAGUUAUAGUAGAAAACAGAUGCCCUCUACCUGGCGGCAAAGUCUCUUAUUGCAUGCUUGACUUCAUUUUUUUUUUACAAAGUUCACACCUGUUAUUGUGCUGUUGCACGACUCUUUAGUAGUGCACAAAUGUUUGUAACUCACUUUUGUCAUACUGUUACAAAUGACAAAAAAUAGGCACAACAUAAACAUAUGUUAUGUGAAAAUCAGAUAAAUAAUAAAAAACAUCCUUAUUGCUUCAAUGUUAUAACAAAAAUAAAAGCUUUGUUGGUGUAUAAUCAUUCAGGUUUGUAUUAGUUGGAAUUUUUUCAUAAAUAAAAUGAUUGAUGAGUACUUAGAAAA